GCAUGCGCGUUCACCACAUCCCGCACACCAAUGGACCGCAAGAUCUGUCCUUCUUCACCUAAACUGUCUGCCAUCUUUCUUUCUAUUUCUACGCACACGGAACGGUUGACUCGCUAGCGAAGUUCAUGUAUUUGACAAAGGUCAGGUAGAGCAUUAGUGCAGCUGCAGCUGCAUGCGCAGACAGAGGUGACGAGCACCACUUAGUGCCGUUAAAGACGUCAUCACGGAUCUCCAGCAUGGCGUCCGCGCAGAGAUGUCAGACUCCCAGUAAAGAUGAUUUGUAUUAUCGGAUGCAUUUCCAUAUGAUGAACGAGCAGCAGGUGGAGGACAUCACCAUCGACUUCUUCUACAAACCGCACACCAUCACACUGCUCACAUGCACCAUCCUCAGCCUUAUGUACUUCGCGUUCACGCGAGAUGAUGGAAAUCCGGACAGUAACGUGUGGGUGGGUCUCAUCCUGGUCAUCUCCUUCUUCCUGGUCAUCAGUGUUCUUGCCUUUCCUAACGGGCCCUUCACGAGACCUCAUCCGGCAAUAUGGCGCAUUGUGUUCGGGUUGAGUGUUCUCUACUUCCUCUUCCUGGUUUUCAUCAUCUUCCUGAACUGGGAUCAGGUGAAAGCGCUGAUGUACUGGCUAGAUCCAGACCUCCGCUAUGCCAAGAGAGAAGCUGAUAUAAUGGAGUAUGCUGUAAACUGUCACGUGAUCACCUGGGAGCGAAUCCUCAGUCACUUUGACAUCUUUGCGUUCAGUCAUUUUUGGGGUUGGGGUAUGAAGGCUCUUCUCAUCCGCAGCUACGGCGUUUGUUGGACCAUUAGCAUCACGUGGGAGCUCACAGAGCUGUUCUUCAUGCAUCUUCUGCCUAAUUUUGCCGAGUGCUGGUGGGACCAAGUGAUUUUGGAUAUUUUGUUGUGUAACGGAGGAGGCAUCUGGCUGGGAAUGACCGUCUGCCGUUUCUUAGAGAUGCGCACGUAUCACUGGGCCAGUAUCAAAGACAUCCACAGACUCACAGGAAAGAUCAAACGAGCUGCUUUACAGUUCACACCCGCCAGCUGGACGUACGUGCGCUGGUUUGAUCCUAAAUCUUCUUUCCAGAGGGUGGCUGGAGUUUAUCUCUUCAUGAUUAUCUGGCAGCUGACGGAGUUAAACACUUUCUUCCUGAAGCACAUCUUUGUGUUUCCAGCGUGUCAUCCUCUCAGUUGGUGCAGGAUUCUCUUUAUUGGCAUCAUUACGGCUCCGACCGUACGGCAGUAUUACGUCUAUCUGACGGACACGCAGUGCAAACGUGUGGGGACGCAGUGCUGGGUGUUUGGGGCCAUUGCUUUCCUGGAAGCGUUAGCGUGCAUUAAAUUUGGACAAGAUUUGUUUUCUAAGACUCAGAUUCUGUAUGUGAUCUUGUGGCUGGUGUGUUUGGCCUUCAUCACAUUCUUGUGUCUUUAUGGGAUGGUGUGGUACGCUGAGAACUAUGGGCCCAGAGAGAAGAGGUUCUCAGAGUGUGAUGACAGUUUUCCGUCAGAUGUAGCUGCUGAUGGUGUGACUGAAUGCAAAGGGGAAUUUGAGAAGAACAGAUCUUCAUCUACUCGAAGGAAAGUAAAAAGUUCUGGAAAUAGUAAAAGCAUGAACAGUGUGGAGAAAUGAGUCCAGAGCGUAUUUACUGAACCUUCACGUGACUGAACGGAUGUUUGCACAGUUUAAUCAGUCUUGUUAAUGGAGGUAAAGUCACAUGACUGUGUUUAUGGAAGGUGAGAUUAUCUCAGGUUUGGUCCAGACAUUUCAGAAAUCGUCUGAUCCACCAUGGCUGUCAGAGAUGUUAAUACUGUAUAACUACAGAGACGGUGUUUGGUAUUCACACAGCAGUAUUUUAUGUCACAAACACUUUCAGCUGUGUAUUAUAUGCAUCAGAUUUUAAAUUACAUCACUGAUAUUAAAAUGUUUCUGCAAAUGAAUUAUAAUGCACUGCAAAAAAAAUGACUUUCAAGAAAAAAAAUUCUUAGUAUUUUUUGUCUUGUUUUCAGUAAAAAUAUCUAAAAAGUCUUAAAUUUAAAUGCUUUUCUUCAUGAGAAAGUGACCUAUAACUAAGUCUAGUUUUAAGACAAAAAAUAUACAAUUUAAGUGAUUCUGUGCUUAAAACAAGCAAAAAUAUCUGCCAAUGGGGUAGGAAAAAAACUUUAAAUAUGUUUACUUUUUUCUUAAACAUUUUAUUCAAGAAAAAUUGCUUACCCCAUUGGCAAAUAAUUUUUCUUGUUUUAAGCACAGAUUCAAUUAAAUCUGAUAUUUUUUUGUCUAAAAACUAGAUUUAUUUUACUAGGUCAUUUUGCUCAUCAAGAAAUACAUCUUAAUUUAAGAAUUUUUAUAAGCAAGAAACAUCCAUGACAUAAAUGUUUGUAUAUAUGUUUAUUUUAGAUAUUUGUUCUGAAAACAAGACAAUAAUAAAAGUAAGAGAGUCAUUUUUGGCAGUGCACACCGCAACAAAAUGAUUUUCACGAAAAAAUUCUUAGUAUUUUUGUCUUGUUUUUUAGUAAAAAUUUCUAAAAAUUCUUAAAUGAAGAUGCUUUUUCUUGAUGAGCAAAACGACCCAAGAAAAUAAGUCUAGUUUUUAGACCAAAAAUAUUAAAGUUAAGUGAUUUUGUGCAUAAAACAAGCAAACACAUUUGCCAAUGGGGUAAGCAAAAAAUCUUGAAAAUGAAAACAAGACAAAAAUACUAAGACUUUUUUUUCUUGAAAAUAAUUUUUUUGCAGUGUAUAAAAUCGGAGUGUUUAAAGUCAACAUGAAAUCAACAUUUCUGUUAUUUCUGCUCUUACCAGGAAUGAUUUCAGAUAUCAGUCUAACCGGCCAAUCCCUCCGUUAACGUGAAUGUUAAAUUAAAUUCCUGCUCUAGAUUAGUUUGGUUAUUUAGAUUUGAGUUUAUUAUAUGAAUGUGAAGGGUCCAUGUCUGUUUAAAAUGAAAUGGAAAUACAGCAAAUAGGUUUUUUAAGAAAGCACAAUUCAACUCUGAUUAAUAAACAUCCGUACCAAUGAAAUGUUUUGAUCAAUUUCAUGUUGACUUUAAAGAUGUUUGUAAAAGCGUGUGUGUUUUGGCCAGUAUAAUGUAUGAUUCAGACUCAUGUCUAGUUGAAUGUUACCUGGUUAAGCUGCUUUAGAGAAGAUGAGGUUGACCCUGGUGUUUUUUUGGCACUUUUUGGUUUCAUUGCUCCACUGAUAUUUGUCAACAGGAUGUUUUAAUGUCAUGGGUUUUCUGUGAAUUCAAGGUUUAUUUCCAGUGAUAUUUCUUCUGCUGUUUAAUGUUGUUUUUUGAAUCUGGUUUCAUCUGAUGGAUGUUUUGAUCAGAUUACGCAUCCUUAACGCCAGUAUUGAAAGGCUUUUAGACAAACAUAUUCAACAGUUGUGUGCCUGCAUGUGUGUUUUAUGAACUGACAUGUUUAGUUGUGUUGCUGUUGUUGUUUUGUGCGUCCUCUUCAUUCAAAGUGGACUAAAGAUUUGAUUCUUCAUCUUUUCACUUCAGUGCUGCAGUCUUAGAUGUGAAACUACAGUACAUGAUGUAAACAUGCCAAAACUCUCUGUUGUGUUUGUGUGAGCGUGUGUGUGCGUGGCGUGUGUAUGUGAGAUUGUGUGUGUGUGAGAGAGAGCUUGUGUGUCUUUGUGAGUCUGUGUGUGUGCAUAUGUUUGUGCAUGUAUAAGCUUGUGCGUGUGUGUGUGUGUGCGUGCAUGCAUGUGGGGGAGAGUUUGUGUGUUUUUGUGUCGCUUUGUGAGUCUCUGUGUGUGUGUGUGUGUGUGUGCAUAUGUAUGUGCAUGUGUGAGCUUGUGCAUGCGUGUGUGUCUUUGUGAGUCUGUGUGUGCGUGUGCAUGUGUGUGUGUACUUGUGCUUGCGUCUGUGUGAGGGAGAGCUUGUAUGUGUGUGUGUUUUUGUGAGUCUGUAUGUGUGCGUGUGCUCGUGUAUGUGAUGGAGAGCUUGUAUGUGCAUGUGUGUUUGUCUUUGAGCGUAUGUGUGCAUGCGUGUAAGCAAGUCACUGUGAAAGAUUAAAGGCCUUUUUUUCCUCAUCAUGAGUACAUUUCAUGUAAAUGAUAAAAGUGAAAUCCAGUGUUUGUCUUUGUGAAUUUCAAAUUUGCAUUUUUGUUGAAGUGUGGCACGCACAACAUGACUAGACCUUAUAUCUUUUCAAUAUAAAACACUUGAUUUAACCGAGUUUUAAGAUUAAAUAUCAUCUAUAUCUUA